AUGGUCCAAGUCAAGGUCUCCGCGGCCAAGCCCACCUCCCUCGCCCGCGAUCUGCCAACCUUCAUCACCUUUGACAAGCCCGUCGAGGACCACACGGUCCGCGACCUCAAGAAGGCCAUCACCGCAAAGCACCCCAAGUUCCACCCCUCGCGCCAGAAGCUGACGCUCAAGGGGGAGAAAAAGGCCCUCGAGGACGGCACGAGCCUGAAGGACGCGGGCGUCGUGGACGGCGCCGAGGUGACCGUGAAGGACUUGGGCCCGCAGAUCGGCUGGAAGACCGUGUUCCUCAUCGAAUACGUGGGGCCGCUCAUCAUUCACCCGCUCGUGUACCACUUCCCGACCGUGUUCUACGGCGGGCACGUCCAGCACAGCGUGCUACAGAAAUACGUGUACGCCGCCGUCAUGCUUCACUUUUUCAAGCGCGAGCUCGAGACGCUCUUCGUGCACCGGUUCUCGCACGGCACCAUGCCGUUCACAAACGUCUUCAAGAACUCGGCCCACUACCACCUGCUCUCGGGCGCGCUGCUCGCGUACUCGGUCUACAGCCCGUCCUUCGCCGCGACCUCGCCCUACAUCCGCGGCACGAUCCGCGAGAACCCGACCUUCCUCUGGGCGUCCCUCGCCGUCUGGCUCUUCGCGGAGCUCUCGAACCUGCACAACCACAUCGCGCUGCGGAACCUGCGCCCGGCGGGCUCGACCGCGCGUGCGAUCCCGCGCGGGUACGGCUUCGCGCUCGUCUCGUGCCCGAACUACUUCUUCGAGACCGUCGGCUGGACGGUCAUCGCCGUCAUGACCGGCAGCUAUGCUGCGUGGCUGUUUUUGGUCGUCUCGACGUACCAGAUGGUGGUCUGGGCCAUAAAGAAGCACAAGAACUACAAGAAGGAGUUCGGGAAGGCGUACCCCGCAAACAGGAAGGCGAUGUUCCCGUUCAUCCUCUAA